AUGCUUCUGAGGAAGGUGUGUGAAGAGUGCAAUCUGCCGGUUCUUUCGCGAGUAGAGUUGAAGGCCGUCGAGGGGCGCAACCCGACGGUGAUCGGCGAGGGCGCCUUCGGUGAAGCUUUGCUCAACCCUCAAAAGAAUCUGGUCAUUAAGUUUUCCUACAACGUGAAAUCGUUUCGGAAUGCGAUCAUCGAAGCGAAGCUCUUGCAGUUGCUUCACGGGAUUGAGUUUAUUCAGUGCCUCGUGGGCGUGUGUCCGGACGAACUUGCACUGGUCACGCAUUAUGGCGGCCCCACCUUUAAGUGCCUGAGUGGCCUGUCGCUCGAACACAAGAUCUCCAUCGGCUUGCAGAUCGCCAGAGCCUUCGCCAGCGUCCACUCGGCGGGUUUCGCGCACAACGACAUCAAGGGGGACAACAUCUGCGUGAAUAUGACGUCCGCCGAACCCGUGGUCACCAUCAUCGACUUCGGAAUGGCUCACGUGAUCGGGACAGCCAUCAGGGUGCCGUGCAGUUGGCAGGAGGACCUGCCCUACGCCCCCGAGAUCUGCCUGAACAAAAAGGUCGGCCGAUGCAGCAUCCAGUCUGACGUGUACAGCAUCGGGCAAUUUUUAUGCCAGCUUUUCGAGGGCCCCAAGAUGCCCUUUGGCCUCAGGAAAUGGUUCUUCGAUAGCCAGAAAAAGUCGCCCUAG